AUGUCAGAAGAUAUUUUACAUCGAAUUCGUGUCAGCUCCGAUCUUGAGGUGAAUGAGGAAAUGCAUAACCAGACUUUGCUCUUGAUCGAAAAUAUGUAUUACCUCAUGUGCGGUAGUUUGUUAGUUAGGUUAGGAAUGCCAGCGCCAGAUCGCGGAAUGAAUGGCGCAUUUAAUACAGAAAUAGAACGUGAACGUGAAUAUGAUCCACAUGAACUAAUCCAAUCAGUUCAAUCGAAUGUACUGCUGUUGAAUCCUAAGCAGAAGGAAGUCUGUGAUACACUGAUUAAUGCAAUUGAUGAUGGCAACGGUGGCUUAUUUUUUUUAGAUGCCCCCGGUGGAACUGGGAAGACAUUCCUCAUGUCAUUAAUUUUGGCCACUGUACGUGCGAGAUCCGAAAUUGCGGUAGCAAUUGCUUCUUCUGGAAUAGCGGCCACAUUGUUAGAUGGAUGCCGUACGGCUCACUCAGCGUUAAAAUCGCCAUUAAACCUUCAAACUACUGAACAGCCGACAUGUAACAUUUCGAAACACUCCGCAAUGGCUAAAGUUUUAGUAGAAUCAAAAAUAAUCAUAUGGGACGAAUGCACAAUAGCGCACAAACGCGCAUUGGAAGCACUAGACCGAACAUUAAAAGAUCUACCCAAUGACUCGAGAUAUUUUGGUGGUGCAAUGAUUUUGUUAUCUGGAGAUUACCGACAAACACUACCAGUCAUUCCAAGAUCUACUGCUGCCGACGAAAUAAACGCUUACCUCAAAGCAUCAAAUCUGUGGCGAUAUGUAAAGAAACUUCAACUGCCUGUAAAUAUGAGAGUUGCAUUGUUGAACGAUCUAGCUGCUGACGAUUUCUCGAAACAAUUGCUGACUAUCGGUAAUGGCCGUGUUCCUGUUGACGAAUCGGGCGGUUUGAUUUCAUUUCCUUCAAAUUUUUGCAAUUUCGUCUCAUCAAAGGACGAGCUUAUCAACAAGAUGUCGUUGCUAACCAAAAAAAUACUAAAUGGUUAA